GGGGGCGGGCAAGGAGGGGCGUAGUCAGAAGCUGGUCCCUUGGUUUUGGGCGCGAGGCCGCGGGGUUGGGGGAAAUACGCUCUGAGCGGGGCUGCGCGCAGGGCUUGGAACGGCUGAGCUUUGGGCGGACGGCCGCUCCUUUUUGCAGCCUCAGGGGGUACUCGUACUCCCGCAUAGGGGAGGAAGACUCUGGGCCAGGUUUGUUCCACUCAACAAGAGAAUGUGGAAGGGAAGUUUCUCUGCCCCCUUUUCUGCUGGGGGAGCCCCUUCGCCGUUCCUGGGCCCUGUUUUCUCGUGGUGGUGACCCUGGACCUGCCAUAGAUAUUACACUGCCCUGCCUGCUACACCACGACAUUUGAGGCGUGCGUGCGUGAGGCAAGUAAAAAGGAGAGUGGGUGGCUCACAAGCAUGAGUGCGGGGUCUGAGUGUGAAACCCCCAGGAAAAGAAUUAGGUUGGACCCCUUUGUCUCUGCCUCCACAAAUAUCAGCGCAGCCGACAGUAGUAGUUCAGAAGGACAGCCCCCUUCCUUGGGGAAGAAAGUGACACAGCAGCAGCAACAGCCUCCUCCUCUUCCUCUUCCUUCCCCCAACAGGGAGCAGGGGUCCAGAAGCAGCAGCAAACUCAGCCCCGCAGUCACGGUGGGGAACAAAGUUUACAAGCAAAGGAGGAUUACCUCUUGGAUGGAGAAUAAAGGACCCAAAGCAGUGGAGUCAAAAAGCUUACAAAACAAAGCUAGCAGCACAGAACCAGAGCCCAAAAUGUCCUUUGUUAAAAAAGAUAAUGGUUUUGAACAUGAUGUGAAAAAUGUUGAGGAAGUUCUUCAACAAGGCUGUUCAAGAUUAUCUAUGGAAAUGAAUACCAAGCCUCAGACUGGCACCCUGCAUAAUUGGGAAGCUGAGGGGCUCUGUAGGGAUGAACUUUCAGAAGCAGAGUCUAUGAAAGGAAUCCAAACUGGAGACCAGUUGAAAAAUGCUAAUGUUAAUCAGACAUAUAAAACUGGCAGUCAAGUUCAUCGGGGUUGCAAUGAAAAUCAACAAAACUGUGCUCAUAGGAAGCUUUCAUCAGGCAGCCCAGUGAAGGUGGAAAAUAUAAAACAGCCGUCAACAGACUGCUAUGCAGAAAGGCAAGUGACUUUGCAAAAUCUGCAGCCACUUAAGAAUUGCAACUCUGAGCAUGUAACUUGUAUAACUGUUGAGCCAGAUGAGGUGGAUGUGGUGCCUGAGAGCCCUCUUUCGGAUGUUUGUUCACCUGAUUCAUGUACUCAGAACAGAGAUCAAGAAUGCUGGGGGGAUUCUCCUUUUGAGAAAGAAAGUGAACCUGAGUCACCAAUGGAUGUAGAUAAUUCCAAAAACAGCUGUCAGGGCUCAGAGGCUGAUGAAGAAACCAGUCCACUUUUUGAGGACCGAGAAGACACUGAUGUGUCAAAGGCACCAAACAAAUCCUCACAGUUUCGAAGGAUAGAUGCUGACUUGGAUUCAAGAAAGUCACAGUUUGCUUGCCACAGAGGUGAGGGUGCUCGAUUUAACCUCCACUUGGAAGGGAUGGAUAAUCCAGUCAAAGAAGGUGAAACAUACACUGAAUCACCUGGGAUCUCGACAGUUGUGUCAUCAGAAUGCAAAGGUGCCAAACAUUGUGGGAGGAAGGACUCUAAAAUUACAAGCCACUUCAUGAGGGUUCCCAGGACAGAGGAGAAAAGGAGUGAACAACGUGAAUUAAAGCCCCAUCGACCAGGAAGGAAGAUUCCUAAAUAUACCCCUCUUCCACUUCCGACUAAUAAAAAAUGGUUUGGGACACCUAUUGAAGAGAUGAGAAGAAUGCCAAUAUGUGGGACUCAUCUUCCUCAUUUGAGAUCAUCUGCCAGUCACACAGUGACAAUCAGAGUAGAUCUUCUGAAGGAAGGAGAAGUGCCUAAACCUUUCCCAACACAUUAUAAGGAUUUGUGGGACAAUAAACAUGUUAAGAUGCCUUGUUCAGAACAAAACUUGUAUCCUGUAGAAGAUGAGAAUGGUGAAAGGACUGCUGGGAGCCGAUGGGAAUUAAUCCAGACUUCACUGCUUAAGAAGUUCACCAGCUCCUGUGAUUUGAAGGAGGCUAUCCUCAGAUAUAAUGUUGCAUAUGCCAAGAAAUGGGACUUCACAGCCCUUACUGAGUUCUGUGAUAAGGUGCUUGAAGAUGCAGAGGCUCAGCAUUUGUUCCAGUCCAUUUUGCCUGAUAUGGUGAAGCUUGCGCUCUGUCUGCCUAGCGUCUGCACCCAGCCAAUACCUCUGCUGAAACAAAAAAUGAACCACUCCAUCACAAUGUCACAGGAGCAGACGGCUAGUUUGCUAGCAAAUGCCUUCUUCUGCACUUUUCCCCGGCGAAAUGCCAAGAUGAAAUCAGAAUAUUCAAGCUAUCCAGAUAUUAACUUCAACAGGUUGUUUGAAGGACGUUCACCAAGGAAGCCUGAGAAAUUGAAAACCCUUUUCUGUUACUUCAGAAGAGUCACAGAGAAAAAACCCACUGGACUAGUGACAUUUACAAGACAGUGUCUACAGGAGUUUCCACACUGGGAAAGAUCUCAGAAAAAAAUGUCCAGGUUGCAUGUCACAUAUGAAGGUACUAUUGAGAGCAAUGGGCAUGGGAUGCUGCAGGUUGAUUUUGCUAAUCGCUUUGUUGGAGGUGGUGUCACUGGUGCAGGACUGGUGCAAGAAGAAAUUCGCUUUUUAAUCAAUCCAGAACUGAUUGUGUCUCGUCUCAUUACUGAAGUCUUGGAUCACAAUGAAUGUCUAAUUAUCACAGGUACAGAGCAAUAUAGUGAAUAUACCGGCUAUGCAGAAACAUACCAGUGGGCCAGGAGCCAUGAAGAUGAAACACCCAGGGAUGAAUGGCAGAGGCGCUGCACAGAAAUUGUAGCCAUGGAUGCAUUUCAUUUCAGACGUUUCCUUGAUCAGUUUGCUCCUGAGAAAAUUAGAAGAGAGCUCAACAAGGCUUAUUGUGGUUUCUUUCGACCUGGUAUCCCACCACAUCACCUUUCUGCAGUAGCUACUGGAAACUGGGGGUGUGGUGCAUUUGGAGGUGAUUCAAGACUGAAAGCUUUAAUACAAAUCUUGGCAGCUGCGGAGGCUGGGCGAGAUGUUGUUUAUUUCACCUUUGGAGAUGCUGAGCUGAUGAGAGACAUUUACAGUAUGCACACUUUCCUAAUCGAGAAAGGUCAAACUGUUGAUUUGUGUUUCAAUGUUUAUAUUGAAAAUGAAGACAAAUUACUUCAGAAGAAAAUAGUUUCUUUCCUUCUGCUUGGUGGUUCUUGUUUAUUGUUUUAAUGGUGAUUGUGCUGAUGUAUUUGUGUAAUGGGGGUUAAUUGUUGGAAAUUAGUGUGUGAUCACUUUCUAUUAUAUUUGUUUUAUGUGUUUUUAUAUUUUACUUCUUUGUAUCUGCUGGAAGUUGCCUUGCUACCUUUAUAGUAUUAGGCAAUUAAUAAAUAAAGAAGAAUUAAUUGUGAAUUUAAGGAUUAGACCAGGAAGGAAUAAGCUGUAAUGAUGUCAUUCCAUAAUUCAUGACAUUUAAAAAUAUUUCAGAAAUGUAGUUUUCAGUGGUUAAGUGUCAUGUGGUUGUGUCAAAUUCACUACUGUACACGGGGGAUGUUUAUGACGACAUAUAGUACAAGAAGAAUGUCUUCUUCUUAUGGUGUAAACUUUACAUGUAAAGUGUUAGAAAGUGAGUUUUGCAUGAACUAGAAUUCUGAAUUUGGAAUGAUUUUUUCUUGUGAGUAAUGGACCAAUGGCAUCAAAUGUAUAGGACAGCUUUUUUAUAUUUAUGUUUGUAAGCCUGGCUAGUUCAAAAUGAAUGACUUCUGGUUUUAUUUGUGUUUUUUCCCUCCAUU